AUGUCCUUCAAUCAACCAACCCCGCCGCUCCUUCUAACGAAACGCCUUACGACCUUCCUGAACGCGAAUCUCAACUCGCACCUUCACACGGCGCUCCUUGCCACCCCAUCCGGCCGCCUGCUCGCCCACGCCUCCCCGCACCCCGUCUCGCUGCUUCGUACCCAGUCGACAGUCGCAUCGUCCCUUUUCGCUCUGCACGCCUCCACGGCCCCGGACAUCCCCGAAGCCCUGCCGACAUCCCACUCCUCGCCCCCGGCGUCCGCCACAAACGCGAGCAGUCUGACGACGGCUCCCGGCCUGGCUACCCAGGCCCCCGAGGGCACGAAGCCGCUUACGAUAACGGUACAGCUCGCGGCCGGCGUUGUGGUUAUUAGACGGCUGAAAUGCGGUCUGCUCUUCGUCUGCAUUGGACCUCUGGCGGAACAUAUCGAUGCUGCCGGCGGUGACUCGGCGGUGCACCACCAUCUCUCUCACCAUGGACAUAACGGCGAGAGGUCCGGUGUUGCUACGCCGAACCAGUUGCCUGCCUCCCCGUCAGAGGCAGAUAGUGUGCUGAGCGUCGGCGGGAUCACGACGGCGAGUUUGGGCAGUGUUGGAAGCGUCAACACGGCUGGUGUGGUUGUCAUGAGGCGGCAUGCCGAGGAGCUGGCCAAGUGGCUUGAUGAUAAGCUGGGCAGUCUGAGGGUCCCCGAGGAGGGGGUUGGGGUGGAGUAA